AUGUCGACUACCAAGCCAUUGGGACCUUUCAAGCUCGUCACGGUCAACACAGCACCCGAGCGUGCCUACAGGUUGAUUGGCCGCGUUGUCGAGAACGUCAAGGACAAGUACACCAUCAUCCACGCUGGAAACGCAGACAACCAGGAACAAGUCCGCGAAGUCGUUAGCAGAGAACAACCAGACGUUUUGUUCACCGCAUCCAUGUGGACACCAGAAGAGGCCAAGAGCAUCCACGCCGAAGCCAAAGAAAUCAUGGGCCCACAACUGAAGACUUUCGCGCUGCCUCAGGGUCUCCAGGUGUCGAGAGGACCGGACGCUGUGGUCGAGUUUAUCGAGGAGAACCUGCCCGCUCUGCUCGAGGGUUAG